UCUCCCACUGGCCGUUGUUUCCGAACUCCAAUCACGAGAGUGAUGCCAUGGAAGUUCUAAAUGCUGCAGGCCUCACUCCAUUAGCCUCGCUCCACAAGGCCGCUUCCUCUUCCUCCUCCCCCGGAAAAAGGGCCGAGGCCAGGCGGUCGCUUCUACCCCUCAGGAUCCGCAACCUCGCCGCCCUCUCGUCCGUUCUCGGCGCCGGAGGGCUCGCCAGAGCCUUGACCUAUGAGGAAGCGCUAAACCAGACCUUCGGCAGCUCCUCCCCCUUCCCGGACUUCGAUCUCAGCGGGCUCCUCGACGGGAUCGUGAGCUUCGUCACCGACAACCCUCUCAUCGUCGGCGGCGCUGGGUUGGCACUGGCGGUGCCGCUCGUUAUUUCUCAGGUGUUGAAUCUGGCGCAGAGCUGGGGGGUGGAGUCCGCCAAGGGGGCGUACGCCAAGCUCUCCGAGGACAGCGGUGCGCAGCUGUUGGACAUAAGGGAGGGGAAGGAUUUAAGGCAGGCGGGGAGCCCAGAUUUGAGGGGAUUGAAGAAGAAGGCGGUAGCGAUCACGUAUAGAGGGGACGACAAGCAAGGGUUCCUGAAGAAGCUUCAGUUGAAGUUUAAGGAUCCUGCCAAUACUACCUUGUACAUUCUCGACAAGUUUGAUGGUAACUCUGAACUGGUUGCUGAACUGGUUACUCUAAAUGGUUUUAAAGCAGCAUAUGCAAUUAAAGAUGGUGCAGAAGGAACUCGAGGAUGGAUGAGUAGUGGUCUUCCUUGGUUGCAACCUAAACAGGGUGUUGAUUUUAGCAAUCUAAAAGAUUCACUUGUUAGCAUAUUUGAAGAAAGUUCAGAUGGUCUUGCUGUUACUCUUGGAUUAGCAGCUGCCACUGGCUUAGGUAUAUUGGCUUCGACUGAGAUAGAAACUGUACUCCAACUAUUAGGAUCAGCUGCUCUUAUUCAGUUUGUCACAAAACGACUCUUGUUUGCAAAAGAUAGGAAGGUCACUCUUCAACAACUUGAUGAGUUCUUGAACACAAAGGUUGCUCCGAAAGAGCUAGUUGAUGAGAUUAAGAUGAUCGGCAAGGCUCUUCUUCCAGCAUCUACUAGUGCGACAGCUAGUCCAGAAGUAAAACCUGAGACAAAAGUAGAGGCCUCAACUGAACCUGCCCCAGUAGUCAACUCAAUUCCCAACGCAGAAGUUGAGGCUGACUCUCUUCCAGCAACACCAACACCUCUUUCUCCCUACCCAUAUUACCCAGACCUCAAGCCUCCUACUUCACCUUCUCCUUCGGCGCCUUGAGACUCUGCUUCGGUAUUAUUUUGAUCUAUCGCUGGAUGGCAUCAAAUUCAGUCGUAUACUUGCAGUAAAAGUUUCAAGGUCUGUUCUAAAUUUGGUUUGUAGCAUACAUAAGCCAAAAAGAGGAGCAUUAGAGUUCAGCACUUUAUAUCUCCCGAUGAUGUAUGUAAAUUAUAAUUCGAGUCACUAUUAUCAUUUACAUUUUGUGAAGAAAUCAAGGUAAGCAGCAACUACAUGUGCUUUUCGUAA